CAUCUUAAGCUGUCUCGCCACCGUCGGGACCAGCUUCCAAGCCCUCCCCGACUCUCUUAACCUGGUCUUCGCUCACAAGGCGGACGAUCAGUUUCCCCUCUCCUAUCUAUCAUAAUUUCUUUCCCCCAAUUACAAUGUCUGAAGUCCAGGGGCGCCCUGCCGCCUCGCGCGGUAGAGGCUCUGGACGAGGUGGAAGAGGUGGUUUUGCCGGUCGUGGCGGUCGCUCCGGGGGUCGUCCCAAUGGCCACGCACACGACAAGGCUGAAUCCAAGACCGAGACGGACAAUCCUAGCGCGUUUGACGAUGACGACCAAGGCGCUAUCGGCGAGCUCAAGAAGCUUUAUGGGUCCAAGACACCCUUGAUCAAGGAAAUGUUCCCUGACUGGUCCGAGGUUGAUAUCCUCUUCGCUCUCCAGGAAACCGAUGGCGACGAAACCGAAGCCGCUACGCGCAUUGCUGAAGGUUCCAUCUCCCAAUGGGGUGAGGUUUCCAAAUCGAAGAAAGCUCCUCGUACCAAGGCGAAGGAUUCGACCGGUGCCGCUUCCACCGCCGAUUCGUUGACGUCCGCGUCGAAGCCGGCUCGCGGCGGUCGCCAUGUGUCUGAAAGUGGUCGUGGCCGUGGAAGAACUAGCGAAAGAGGAGGCCGUGGUGGUCGGGGCAGGUCCUCGCAUACUGCCACCACAAACGGGGGCGGUCCCAACAAAGAGAGCCAGCCCUUGUCCGUGCCGACCGAGGAAUCCACCGCCUGGGAUGCGAAGCCUGAUGGCGCCGACGUAAUUGGCGAAACCGCGACUGAUUUGACUACCAACGAUGCUCCUGCUUCUACCCCGGCCCCCGCCAGUGCUGCCCCCAAGACUUGGGCCAGCAUGCUCCGCCAGUCUACUGCUCCCAAGGCCGUGGCUAAGCCCAAGGAGGCGCCGGCCCCCAAGCCUGUGGAGACCAUUGAACCCUUGCCGCCCGCCGCCGCCCCCAGCGAGUCGGAGCCUGAAGCCAACGUCGAACAACCAGAACCCGAACCCGAACCCCAGACCGCCGAGGCCCACGAAGAAACGGCCCCCGGACCCCAAGAGGAAGAACCCACUACAGCUGAAGUACCUACCGUCGUGGAACCCGAAAUGGCGUUGCCACCUUCCAAGGACCAGCUUACUGAGACGAAUCUUGAACAGGUCGACGACGUAUCGCAUCCUCCCGCGACCCAGACCGCCGCAAGCACCGCUGCCGACUCUUGGGACCCUCGUCUCAGCUCGGCCAGCGCUACCGCCACCCCGUUGUCCGCUGCACAGCACCAAGCCGCCGUCCGCGCCGCCGGCACCCUUCCCACCCCCGCCAUUCCCACCGCCCCCGCCAGUGGAUAUGCCACCUCGGCACUGAAGGCCACCACUGGAGGUGCCCCCCGCACGCCGAGCUACCAGCGUAGGGUUCUCGACCAGGAGGAGGCUGUUCGAAUGCCUGGCAACCGCGAAGUCGAUCGUGCCGCCGUUCAGUUCGGCGCCUUCAGCCUGGGUGGUGACGAAGACAUUGAUGGCGACCGCGAAGAACCCGAGACCCGCGCCCAGCCUCCUGCCGACUCCCCCGUCGCUCAUCCCCGUGCCUCUCUUCCUCCCGCCGUACCUCAACCGGCUGUGCCCGACACGUUUGUCGGUCAAAAGACGGGCCCUGCUGCCCCUUCCGCUGCUGUGACCGGCCCGGCGAGCACUGCUGGUCCUGCUGCGCCUGCUGGUACUUACCUCCGCACCCAGUAUGGCUCCCAACCGCAUGCUAAUACCAUGUCAGCUACCCCGGCCAGCACUAGCUCUGCUCCUCAGGCGGCUCCCGCGUCACAAGCUCCCCAGAACGCCCCCCAAGGUCCGGCGCAAUAUUCUCGAUUCGGGCAACCCGCCUCACAGGAUACGGCUUCUUUCGGGCAGAAGCCUCUGGACCCUUUUGCUCAACAGACCCCGGCAUCGUCCACCCAGGGCCAACUCGACGGCUACCCCAGCCAGCCGCCGGCCCAACAACAACAGCAGCAGCCCAAUCAGCAGCAGCAACAACAGCAGGCUCAGGCGCAGCAGCAGCAGGCGCAGCAGCAGGCGCAACAGCAGGCGCAACAGCAGGCCCAGCAACCUGGUGGCGCGUACAGCUCUGCUCCUAGCGAAUACUCCUCGUACUACACCUCGGACCAACAUGGUCGCGGACCGUACAACUACUAUGGACAGCCGUACGGCCAACAAGGCGGGCAAGCGCAGCAACAAGAUGCGCUUCCGGGCCAGCAGAGAGCCUUUGGUGGUUACAACGCAUCGCAGGCGGACAACAUCAGCCAGUACCCCCAGAGCGGAACUCUGCACAACCAGACGCGCUACGGCGGCGCCGUCUCGAGCGAUGCGCAUAACAGUGGCCACACGACUCCCAAUCCCACCACGCAAUCGCAGCAGCAGGCGACUGCUGCUGCUGGUGUCGCUGCCGGCGCGGGCCAGGGAUCGCAGCCUCAAACGCACGGGCAGCAAAACUACCCGUACGGAAGCCACCCGUACUACAACAACCCUUACUACUCGAACUACAUGGGAUACGGCGGCCACUUUGGCCAACAGGGCGGAUAUGCGGCGCCCUACGGAAAAGGUGGCAUGUACGCGCCGUACGGCAUGUCCCCCCAGGGCCCUUAUGAACACGCGACGUCACCAGCCAGCGGUUUCGCUGCACAGACGUCUCUUCACCGAGGAGCCGAUAGCGCGCUAGGCUCCGGGCUGGGCGGUGAUUACGGACGCGCCGGGUCGGCUCAGGCGGCGAACCCUGCCGGAUUGGGAGGCAGCGGGUUUGGUGGCAUGCAGGACUCGUUUGCACGCGGUGGAUCGUCUUCUUUCCCGACGCAGUCGGCGGGUCAGGGAUACAACGCUCCGGCGCAGCCUUCGGCGGGCGGUUCUGCCAACGAUGACCUGAAGCCGUUCGGUGACGGAAAGACUGGUGUCUCCGGGCCUUCCCCCUCACUGGGUGGUGCCCGUCCCGGAUCGGCUACGCAGAACACUCCGGCCGGUCAGACCGGUCUCCCGCCUACUCAGUCGAGCUCGCAGAUGGGUGGCUACGGCGGUUACCCCAGCCACCUGCAGGGACACGGCGUGCACGGGGGCAGUGGCUACGGCAUGGGGGCCAGUGGGCAACACGGCAAUGCCGGAUUCGGGUCGUACGGUCAGGGCUACGGCAGCGGUUACUACGGCGGCAGUGGCCAACAACGCGGCUGGGGUGGUAACUACCACUAGGAUAGUGGUUACCGCAAGAGCCGGAUCUUUUCGACUGACGACUGAUGGUCGACGUCUUUAUUCUGGGUCCAGGCUCCUCGGUGCCUUGUGUUUUUCUCCACUCAGGGCAAGAGUGGCGUGUAUGACUUGAAAAGAAGAAAGGGAAAGGGCGCUCUUUGUACG